AGUGUCUCGUAUGCCGGUCACGCAAACCCAAUCGACAUCGCGCAAGCCGCCCUCAGUACAAGUUUGAUUCCGUCGCGCAUCAGUCGCCCGCCAUAUAGCCGGUCGUCAUCGCACACUGUUUUGUUGACGCUAAGUGUUAAUUGGCCUGAGUGCCCUUGGAAGCAAUUCGCAGGCAUCAUCAUGGUGCCUCUGUUGAUACUGAUAUCGCUGGUGACCACCACCCUGAUAUGGGCUCUGAGCCACAUCGUGAAGAAUAUGCUCCUGGUUCGGGAGUUGCAACGCAAGCUGCCGAAUUUCGCAACCAUCCCGGCGAAGCCAGUGCUUGGCAAUGCACACCUCUUCAAGCGAGAUCCGACGCCUCCGGGAAUCUUCGCGACCUUUACCCGGUUCCACGCCCGCUACGGUAACGAUCUUAUCGGUCAAGGUCUGUUUAAUCAGCCCGUGCUGCAGGUGACCAGUGCACCUGUUGUCGAGCAGGUAAUCCAAACGCGAACGAUUAAAAAAUCCAUUAUCUACGAGUUCAUGCGACCCUGGCUGAAGGAGGGGCUGGUCACUUCUCUGGGUAAGAAAUGGGCCCAACGAAGACGGAUCAUUACGCCGGCGUUCCAUUUCAAAAUUUUGGAAGAAUUUCUGGGAAUAUUCAAGGAGAGGACCGAGGUUCUGGUGGACAAGCUGAAGGAGCAGGUGGGCAAGGGGGACGUCAACAUCUACGAACACGUUACGCUGUGUACGCUGGAUAUCAUUUCGGAAUCUGCGAUGGGAGUGAAGUUGAACGCCCAGGAUGACCCCAACUCGUCGUACGUGCAAGCGGUGAAGGAGAUGUCCGACAUCAUUUUCCGACGACUGUUCAGCGUAAUGCGAGAUUUCAAAAUAGUCUUUCUGAUGAGCGAAGCGGCUGUACGUCAAAGGGAGGCAUUGCAAACUUUGCACAAAUUCACCGAUUCCGUUAUUCUCCAACGGAAGGCUCAGCUGGACGAUGAACAAGCACGGAAAGAAUCGCAGCAAAAGCUCGAAGAGACCGACAUCUACGGGAAGCGUAAAAUGACCUUGCUGGAGCUACUGCUGAACGUAUCCAUCGAGGGCCAUCCCCUGACCAACUCGGACAUUCGCGAAGAAGUUGAUACCUUUAUGUUUGCCGGACACGACACCACAACUUCUUGCAUUAGUUUCUCCGCUUAUCACAUUGCCCGACAUCCGGACGUACAGCAAAAGCUGUACGACGAAAUGGUCAGGGUCCUUGGACAAGACUUCAAGAAUGCCGAGUUGACCUACAGUACCCUACAAGAGCUGAAGUAUUUGGAGAUGACUAUCAAGGAAACCCUACGAAUCCAUCCGUCCGUUCCGAUCAUUGGGCGGAAAUCCGCCGGGGACAUGAAGAUCGAUGGACAAACCAUUCCAGCCGGUGUCGACAUAGCGGUCCUAAUCUACGCCAUCCAUCACAAUCCGGAGGUUUUCCCGGAGCCGGACAAGUUCGACCCGGAACGGUUCAACGAGGAGAACAGUGCCAAACGGCAUCCGUACAGCUACAUUCCGUUCAGUGCGGGAGCGAGAAAUUGCAUCGGUCAGAAGUACGCGCUGUUGGAGAUUAAGGUUACGCUGGUUAAGUUGCUGGGCCACUAUCGGCUGUUGGCGUGCGAGCCCGAAAAUGAGGUUAAGAUUAAGUCUGACAUGACGCUGCGUCCCGUGAAUGGGACGUUUGUGAAGAUUGUACCACGAUAGACUGUGUUUUAAUAAAAAUUAACACCAAAUCACAA